UUCGCUAGGCGAAGCAGUCGCGAAUGUGACAGUAUCUGCUUUAUUCCGUUUUGUUCUAACCUGUUCUUUGUGUUGCCAUGGCCUUGUUAUCUUUUGAUUUCAAUCCUGUUUGCCUAACCCCUUUUGUUGAGUUUUUGUGAGGGCUCACAUAUUCUCGCAGGGAUACCCUCCGGAGGUUUAUUCCGAUUUCCCGUACUGAUUGGUUUUCUUUGAUGGCAUCAGCUUGGGAGAAUCUCAGGGUUGCUUAUCCUUUAAUUGCUGUAACUUCGGAUCUUGAUCCGUGUGAUGCACAUCACCGGAUCCUAUUGAUAACGGUUCUGCUAUGGCUCGCUUCGACUUUGAAAAUCCAAUCUUUCAAGCUGAAGAAAAGGAUGAUGAAGAUUGUGAACUCCCUGAAGAACUUGCCAGGUUGUUGAAACAAGAGGAAAGGGUUAUUCAACCGCAUCAAGAGUUUGUUGAAGUGAUUAAUCUCGGCACCGAAGACGCCAAGAGAGAAAUCAAAAUAGGGGCUGCUUUGGAAGAUAAUGUGAAGAAAGGGCUGAUUAAAUUGCUGCAAGAAUACAUUGACAUCUUCGCCUGGUCUUAUCAGGACAUGCCUGGGCUGGACACAGACAUCGUGGUACACCGCUUGCCUCUCAAAGAAGGUUGUCCUCCGGUCAAGCAGAAGCUCAGAAGAACAAGACCAGAGAUGGCUGUCAAGAUAAAGGAAGAAGUGCAAAAGCAGUUGGAUGCAGGGUUUCUAGCAGUCACCAAUUAUCCGCCAUGGGUUGCAAACAUCGUCCCAGUACCUAAGAAGGAUGGAAAGGUACGGAUGUGUGUCGACUAUCGGGAUCUGAACAGAGCUAGCCCUAAAGAUGAUUUCCCAUUACCUCACAUCGACGUUUUGGUGGAUAAUACAGCUCAGUUCUCGGUAUUCUCCUUCAUGGACGGCUUUUCUGGCUAUAACCAAAUCAAGAUGGCACCAGAAGACAUGGAAAAGACAACUUUCAUAACCCCGUGGGGCACCUUCUGCUACAAGGUGAUGCCGUUUGGUCUGAAAAAUGCCGGAGCAACAUAUCAACGAGCUAUGGUAACUCUGUUCCAUGAUAUGAUUCAUCAUGAAAUCGAGGUUUAUGUGGAUGAUAUGAUUGCCAAAUCUCAGACAGAAGAAGAACAUUUGGUGAAUUUGCAGAAAUUAUUUGAGCGUUUGAGGAAAUUCAAGCUGAGGCUUAAUCCGAACAAGUGCACUUUCGGGGUGAGAUCGGGAAAAUUGCUGGGUUUUAUUGUUAGCGGAAAAGGGAUUGAGGUGGAUCCCGACAAAGUAAAAGCAAUACAGGAAAUGCCUGAGCCAAGAACAGAGAAGCAAGUCCGUAGUUUCUUAGGGAGGUUGAACUACAUUGCAAGGUUCAUCUCUCACCUAACAACCACGUGUGAGCCAAUUUUCAAAUUGCUGAGGAAAGAUCAGGCUAUCAGGUGGAAUGAAGAUUGUCAAAGGGCUUUCGAGAAGAUAAAAGAGUAUCUACAGAAACCUCCGAUCCUUAUACCUCCAGUUCCUGGGAGACCUCUGAUAAUGUACCUAUCAGUGACUGAGAACUCGAUGGGGUGUGUAUUGGGACAGCAUGACGAGUCUGGUCGAAAAGAGCAUGCCAUAUACUACCUUAGCAAAAAGUUUACCGACUGUGAAAUCAAAUAUUCGCAGCUUGAGAAAACUUGCUGUGCUUUGGCCUGGGCUGCUCGCCGACUGAGGCAGUAUAUGUUGAACCAUACUACCUUGUUGAUUUCUAAGAUGGAUCCAGUGAAAUACAUAUUCGAGAAGCCAGCUCUCACCGGAAGGGUCGCUCGUUGGCAAAUGAUUUUAACAGAGUAUGAUAUUCAGUACACGUCACAGAAGGCCAUCAAAGGGAGUAUUCUGUCAGACUACCUUGCCGAGCAACCGAUUGAUGAUUAUGAGCCAAUGAAGUUUGAAUUCCCUGAUGAAGACAUCAUGUUCCUCAAGAUGAAAGACUGUGAAGAGCCAGUUGUUGAGGAGGGACCUGAUCCAAACGAAAAGUGGACUUUGUUGUUUGAUGGGGCUGUCAAUACUAGAGGAAGUGGAAUUGGUGCUGUCAUUACAACUCCGAAAGGUGCCCACAUACCUUUCACCGCUCGUUUGACUUUUGAGUGCACAAAUAAUGAAGCUGAGUACGAGGCCUGUAUCUUGGGCAUUGAGCAAGCCAUUGAUCUGAGAAUCAAGACUCUGGACAUCUUCGGAGAUUCAGCUCUGGUGAUUAAUCAAGUGAAUGGUGAUUGGAAUACUCUCCAGCCCACUCUGGUCCCCUACAGAGAUUACACGAGAAGACUGUUGACUUUCUUCACAACGGUAAAAUUGUAUCAUAUACCUCGUGAUGAGAACCAGAUGGCAGACGCACUUGCUACUCUAUCCUCCAUGAUCAAGGUAAUUCGUUGGAACCAUGCUCCCAGGAUCGAUGUGAUGCGCCUUGACAGGGCCGCGUAUGUGUUUGCUGCUGAACUGGUAGUCGAUGACAAGCCCUGGUAUCACGAUAUCAAGUGCUUUCUGAAGAAUCAAGAGUACCCUGCAGGGGCAUCCAACAAUGACAGAAAGACUUUGAGAAGAUUGGCAGGCAGUUUCUUCUUGAACAAAGACGAUGUGUUGUAUAAGAGGAACUUCGACAUGGUUUUGCUCAGAUGUGUGGACAGACACGAGGCGGACAUGUUAAUGCAGGAAGUUCAUGAAGGUUCCUUCGGUACUCAUGCCGGUGGACAUGCAAUGGCUAAGAAAUUGUUGAGAGCGGGUUAUUAUUGGAUGACCAUGGAAUCAGAUUGUUUCAAGUAUGCUCGGAAGUGUCAUAAAUGCCAGAUUUAUGCUGAUAAGGUGCAUGUACCGCCGAAUCCUCUGAAUGUGAUGUCUUCGCCGUGGCCGUUUGCCAUGUGGGGUAUUGACAUGAUUGGAAAGAUUGAGCCGACUGCUUCCAAUGGGCAUCGCUUCAUCCUUGUUGCCAUCGACUAUUUCACCAAAUGGGUCGAAGCAGCGUCAUUUGCGAAUGUCACCAGACAUGUGGUUGCCCGUUUCAUCAAGAAAGAAAUUAUUUGUCGCUAUGGGAUUCCCGAAAGAAUCAUUACUGAUAAUGGUUCUAAUCUCAACAACAAAAUGAUGAAGGAGUUGUGUCAGAACUUCAACAUUCAGCAUCACAAUUCUUCCCCUUACCGCCCUAAGAUGAACGGCGCUGUUGAGGCGGCAAAUAAGAACAUAAAGAAGAUUGUGCAGAAGAUGGUCGUUACGUACAGAGAUUGGCAUGAGAUGCUACCCUUCGCCUUGCAUGGGUACCGCACUUCAGUACGUACAUCGACAGGGGCAACCCCUUACUCCCUUGUGUAUGGUAUGGAAGCGGUCCUACCUGUUGAAGUGGAGAUUCCUUCUCUAAGAGUCCUGUUGGAUGUCAAGUUAGAUGAAGCUGAAUGGAUUCGGACAAGGUUCAAUGAGUUGAGUCUUAUCGAAGAGAAGCGAAUGGCAGCCAUUUGUCAUGGGCAGUUGUAUCAGAGUCGGAUGAAGAGAGCUUUUGAUCAGAAGGUGCGUCCUCGUUGUUUCCAAGUCGGAGAUUUAGUGUUGAAAAGGAUCCUUCCUCCUCAGACAGAUCACAGGGGCAAGUGGACUCCUAACUAUGAUGGACCGUAUAUUGUCACCAAGGUUUUUGAUGGUGGGGCCCUAAUGCUUGCAACUAUGGAGGGCGAAGACUUCGCUUCCCCUGUGAACUCAGACGCAGUUAAAAAAUACUUCGCAUAAAAUAGACCCGCUGGACAGUAAAAAGAAUAGUCCAGGCAAAAAUGGGCAUCCCGGCGAACCAAGAAAAUGGAAAGGUUCGGGCAAAAAU